ACUCACUGCUACGUGGGACUUAGGGGAGAGAAGCGAACCUACCUGCUUGCAGCUAGCUUGGGCUUCUAAGGCUACUGGACACCAUUAGCUCCAGAGGGAUCGAACACAGGGCCCGACCUCGAUCGUCCGUUCAGAGCCAGAAGACGGAAGAUACCGGAGAAAAUCGGCGGCUGAAGACUCCGGUCUUCAAUAAGGUACAGGGGCAUUAAGUGUCAACUUCGUUGGAUGUCAGCUGAAGGACUAAUAUGUCUACAAAGACCAGAGUUUUGAAUAGUAUAGGUCAUCUACCUGAUCCACUGAGGCUGGACAAGGACAGGAGUCCUGUGACUGAUAGGAUGUUACAUCUUACCCUGGAGAUCAUCUACCUGCUGACUGGGGAGGAUUACACAGUAGUGAAGAAGAUACCAGGAGAGGAUGACACAUUCAGCAGCUGCCCCCAUGUAUCAGGAGGACUGAGCAGAGCCCAGAGCCCCAUCACAGUGCCUCCACCUCACUCACUGAUACAUGAGAGGCACAAUGACCAGAAGAUCCUGGAACUCACCAACAAGAUCAUUCAGCUGCUGACUGGAGAGGUUCCUAUAAGGUGUGAGGAUGUCACCGUCUAUUUCUCCAUGGAGGAGUGGGAGUAUAUAGAGGAACACAGGGGUCUGUACAAGGACGUGAUGAUGGAGAAUCACCGGCCCCUCACAUCACUGGAUGGGGCCAGUAACAGGAAUACCCCAGAGAGAUGUCCCCGUCCUCUUUAUUCCCAGGAUCACACAGAGGAGAAUCACAGUGUCCCACCGGGGGGUCAGGAUGGUGACCUGAAUGACUUUAAGGUGGAAGAUUUAACGAUGGAAGAAGAGACGUUAGUGAGGAGUGAUCAGCAGUGUAAGGAGGAGGAAAUCCCUACAGGUAUCAGCAGAGCAGAUGGACAUGGCAGCAGGAAAGCCUCAGGGGGACAUCUCAUUUCAUCUCCAAAGUGUGAAACAGAAGAUAACGUCAUCACAGAGGAUUCUCCAGGAGACAACUGCAUUACCCCUACUAUAUGUCCAGUACUGAAUAGUGCAGAUACAUCAUUUGGUGCCUCUCAUCAUGAGCAGUGUUCUGAUCAUUCUGAUAUUAUGUCAUACAGUGCAGCUCUCGAUGACUGUAAAAUGUUUCCCUGCCCAGAAUGUGACAAGUGUUUUACUCGCAAAUCCUAUCUUGGUCAGCAUCAGCGAAUUCACACACACGAGAAGAAGUUUCCCUGUCCUGAGUGUGGGAAACAAUUUACAUUUAAAUCGGAUGUUUCUAAACAUCAGAGUACUCACAGCGGUGAGAAAACAUUUCCGUGUUCCGAGUGUCAGAAAAGUUUCUCCCAAACAUCACAUCUCUCUAAACAUUACCGGUCCCAUGCGCCUGAGAUGCUCUUACCGUGCUCAGACUGUGGGAAACGCUUUCCACAAAAUUCUGAUCUCAUUGAGCAUCAGAAAACUCACACCGGCGAGAAGCCAUUUCCAUGCUCUGAGUGUGGAAUAGUUUUCACGUGUCAGUCGGUUCUAGAUGAACAUUCGAAUAUCCACCAAGGAGCGAAACCAUUUCCAUGUGCCGAAUGCGGGAAAUGUUUUGCCCAAAAAUCAUUCGUUGCUAAACAUCAGAUCAUUCACACUGGUCAGAAGCCUUUUGCCUGUUCGGAAUGUGGGAAAUCGUUUACUCAUAAAGCCAAUCUGUUCGAGCACCAGAGAAUUCACACCGGCGAGAGGCCAUUUUUGUGCACCGGGUGUGGGAAAAGUUUUCGGCAAAAAUCUAAUCUUCUUAAUCAUGAGAAAAUUCACGCGCACAAAAAGCCAUUUCUGUGCUCAGAGUGUGGUAAAAGUUUUGCGCAUAAAUCAAAUCUCAUUGACCAUCAAAGAACUCACACUGGUGAGAGGCCGUAUUUUUGCUCUGACUGUGGGAAACGUUUUGCGCAGAAGUCAACCCUUGUAGAACACCAGAGGACCCACACGGGCGAGAAGCCGUUUUGUUGCUCUGACUGUGGAAAAUGCUUUGCAGAUAAAUCGACCCUUGUUAAACAUCAGAGAACUCACACGGGGGAGAAGCCUUACUCGUGCACAGAGUGUGGGAAAUGUUUUGCGCAGAAGUCGUUUCUGGUUAAACAUUUAAGAACUCACACGGGUGAAAAACCAUUUCCCUGUCCCGAGUGUGGGAAAUGUUUUACUCAGAAAUCAACUCUUGUAAAGCAUCAAAAAAUUCACAAAAAUUUACAAAGGUGAAACGUGGUGUGCUACGUUUCAAAGGUGAAACGUUCUGUGCCACCUUUCAGUUAAAUGCACUGCAACCAAAAAAGAGCCCUUAACUAGGCAUUCCUAAAGUAUUUUUCCAACACUGACCUAGACACUGGCUAGAUCUCUCUUCCUCAUUAUUGGGCUGAUACAGAGGUGAAUUCAAGUUGGUUUUGUGGGUGGAUCUUUGGUGUUCAGGCAUUGCGUGUUUUCUGGGGCCGAACACGUGCAUCUCUGGCCUUAGGCAGCUCACUCUAAUCUCCACUUUCACCUGAUAAAGCGUAAUUAGAUUGCAACUUGGCGUUUGCAGGUAGGCUGAGUUCAGAUAGGGUAUAUAAUUGGAAUUGCGGGCAACACAGAGUUGAUGAUAUCAUUGUUUAUAUGCGAUUUGCAAGUUAAUACUGUUUCUUGGUCAUUGACAUGAUUGUUGCAAGAUAUAAUUUAGAAAAUAUUGGAAGUCUGUUAUUAGUACCUCGUACCUGGAAGCCAGCUUUCUAUGAAGUUACAAACCCUGAAUGAUCAUGUGAAAAUCUGCCACUGCUUGAUGAGAAUUUUAUUUUCAUGAAGAUCAACAAUAAUCAUUUUUAUAUAUUGUCAAGCGCCGCUAAGCAAUUUCAUAAGGAAAUCAAUUAGAAGAUCAGUGUGGGGGAUGUGUAAUUUUUGAAGUUUAAUAUAGAAAUUUUUCCAAAUUGAAUAUAUUCUACAUUAUAUCCAGGAAUCAAUGUUUGUUUAUUGCUCGGAUGACAUGUAAAUUAAAAUCUCACAUUGUAAUAAUUGCAUUAAAGGUUUGCAUCCUA